AUGCCUCCGCCUCCGUCAUACACAUCUCAACUACAAAAAAUGAUCCACGAUCACACUGACAACCCCCGGCUCUACGCCGCAACAAAAGAAGUCAAUGAUCUCAAAACGUCGCUCCGGGACAGCGACGCCCGACUCUACGCUGCAACGAGAGAAGUCAAUGAUCUCAAAACGUCGCUCCGGGACAGCGACGCCCGACUCUACGCCGCAACAACAGAAAUGUAUGCGAUAACCCCGUUCCGCGGUAUCUACGUCUCGCUCGACGCCAGUGCCUUCUCAGGCCAAGUCCAAGUACAAAUCAAGCUGCCGGGGGAAACGCAGUACAAGAUCCAGUGGUCGACCUAG